UCAUAUAUGGUUUAGUUUAAUUUCAUUUUAAUAUGCAUCCCUGAUUGUCAAAGCUACUGAAAUGUUUCCCAUAAAUAUGAGAGGAACCCAUAAAUAACCCAUUUUAUUGCCUCUGCAUGUUGAUUAACCAUCCAGCUCAACAAGAAAUCCACAUUUCACUGACAAGAACCAUGAAACAUUAAACUUAACUGUCCAAUUAUUAACACUUAGAGGUUUGUUUCAUUAAUAGCAGAAGUUUGAGUCAAUCACUGACCCUGUUAGUCAUCUGUGACUCAUUCACUGUGUUAAAAGAGUGUGUUGUGCUGGUGUGUUCACUGUGGUGAAACAGUGUGUGUGUGUUAAAGGAUGACACACACCUGUGCGGAUGGACAGUUUAUGGACCGGCUGCUGAUAAAGUGUGUGUCCUGCGAUCUUCGCUGCGCGGAGCCCGAGCCUCACAAACAGUGCGCUGAAUACUGCGAGGUGUGGAGAUGCAGAGCGGUGUCGGGUCAGUUUUAUGAUGCGCUGCUGAAGAAAUGUCUGCAGUGUUCUGAUCUGUGCGGGACUCACACGCCGGCCUGUGAACACAUCUGCAGCGACCCGCCGGUGACCGGCAGAGGGCGCACUGUGAGCGGCUCUCCGCUGCUGCUGUACGCGCUGCUCGGUGUGUGUGUGACGGUGCUCAUGUUCAGCUUGAGUGCUGCUGUGCUGACGCUGCUGAUGAGGAGAAACAAACACACACAGAUCCCAGACGAGCACAAACAACAGACAUCUGAAGAUUCUCUGGUGGCUGGGUCUGAUGAAGUGUCUCAGGAGGAGGGCAGCGUGCACCAUCAUCAUCAUCAUCCUCAGGACCGGCCGCGGGCCACUGAGACCUGCGUGUACUGUUUCUCGGAGCACACGGCGAGACCCCACACGCUCCUCCAACAGGCCGGAGAUCAGGAUCCCGAGAGCGUCCCGAUCCCACAGGAUAAAUGCGGAGCACUGCGGAUCAUCUGCUCUCCCACACAAACCAGCCUUUAACACACUCUGAGGAAACCCAGAAGCAUGCGUGCUGCGUUUAAUUCAGCACACAACACUUUUAAGGGCACUAGAUUAUAGUAGCUUACCUUCGGAGGAACGUCGGUCAAGUCUAGAAGGGAUACAGCUGUGGAUACUCAUCAAUAUUGAAUUUUUUUGUGGCGCUGUACAACAAUAAUGAAGACUUUAACAUUACUGUGAGGGUUAAGUUAGAGGUGGACAUUAAUAAAAUACAAUUUAAUGUGAAAUUUAAUAAAUAAUAUGAAUAAUAAUCUGCAUUAUGACUGUAUUUAUGUUACUGUGAGGGUUGAUUUAUGGAUAGGCGUUAAUAUAAUUGGUAAUUUAAUAAUACUCGGUAUAAUGACCGCUUUUACAUUACUGUGAGGCUUAGUUUAGGGGUAGACAAUAAUAAACUAUAAUUUAAUGGGUAAUUGAAUAAGUUAUAUUAAUAAUUCCCAUUAACUUCCAGCCAUUCAGUGUGAAGAAGGGAUACAGCUGCGGUCGGAACUGUUCUACAUUACUGUGAGGGGCAGA